UGAAACAAGCAAGCAAACACAUACUUAAUUACAAACCUGGGCCUGUGGUGCAGAGGGAAGAAGGGAGCGAUGGGGGAGGAAAUCACACGACCCGUGUUAGGCUCAUUACUUCAUGUCAAGCUCACCGCGGUCCUGCCCUGGGAGAUAAAUAGCCCCAUCUUGCAGAUGAGGAUACUGAGACCCAGCAAGGCGAAGCAGGGGCUCAGGUCCCACAGGGAGUUGGUGGCAAUGAGGACAAGCCCAGGCUAGGGGACUUCACGAGGAGUGGCCUCUAGGCCAACUUCCUCCUCUGCCCUGUUGGGUCGGUUCUCUGCAGGGAGCACUGGGCCCAGAGAGGAGCCUCCCUGCUGUGGGCCUUGGUCCGCCCGCCUGCCUGCGACAGUCUUCUUUCUGGAGGCCCUCUGGAGGCUUUGGAAGGUCACUGACUGCCUGGCCUUAGGACUAGGCAGAGAAGUAGGGACGGAGACUUCACGACACCCACCCAGCCAAGGGGCUUUGAUCUGAAUUUGCUUUUCAGUCAAGAUUCCAAGAUUCUAGGCUUAGAUGCUGGGGGGGCCUUGCGGGAAAGGCGGUGCAGAGGGCGGUCAGAGCAGCAGGUGUGUGCAUAGAGGGGGCUCGGGGGCCGUCAUGGGCUGCCUGACUGGACAGGUCCAUUGGGGGGUUCAGUCUGGCUGAGGGUGGGGGCUGGGGGGAAGGCUGUCAGCAGAGGCUCCGGCGGCCAGACUGGAGUAAGUACCAGUUUGGGAUAAUUAGAAGGCACGUAAUUAGAAGGCGUCAGGGCGCGAGGCAGCGAGUGUCUGUGAAUGGUGCCUGAGUGGGCCCUUGCUGGCUUUGAGUCUGGGCCUUUGGACCCCCACUUUCCUCCUGGAAGCCUCGAGAUCACAGCUUCCCAUUUGCCUGAAGGCUGGCGACUCCCGGGGCCUGAGGAUGAAGCUGAGCCCGCCGCAUUGGCCCCUGUCCUGCCUUUUUGUGCUGCUGCCUUGGCCUCUGGCCACUCCAAUAUCAACGUCCCCGUGGCAGUGCCCACCUGGGAAGGAGCCCAACCUGGACCUGGGGCAGGGCACAUUAUGCAGGUCGUGUCCCCCCGGUACUUUCUCUGCUUCGUGGGGCCCUGGCCCGUGCCAGCCCCACUCCCGCUGCAGCCCUCGAGGGAGGCUGGAGGCCCAGGCAGGCACAGCGACUCAAGACACAUUAUGUGGAGACUGCCAGCCUGGGUGGGUUGCCACUUCGGGGGUCCCCCAUGUCCCCUGUCAGCCGUGCUCCUGGACACCUCUGGGUACUCGCCGCUGCUAUGAGCGGGGACGGCGGGCCCGACGUGGCGUGGAGAUAGCAGCAGGGGCCACCAGUGCUGGGGACACACGGCAGCCCAGGAAUGGCACCCGGGCGGGCGGCCCCGAGGAGACGGCUGCCCAGUAUGCGGUCAUUGCCAUCGUGCCCGUCUUCUGCCUCAUGGGGCUGCUGGGCAUCCUGGUGUGCAACCUGCUCAAGCGGAAAGGCUACCACUGCACGGCCCAGAAGGAGGUUGGGCCCGGCCCUGGAGGUGGAGGCAGCGGGAUCAACCCCGCCUACAGGGCCGAAGAUGCCAACGAGGACACCAUUGGGGUCCUGGUACGCCUGAUCACAGAGAAGAAAGAGAAUGCGGCGGCCCUGGAGGAGCUGCUGAAGGAGUAUCACAGCAAACAGCUGGUGCAGACCAGCCACAGGCCUGUGCCCAGGCUGCCGCCGGGCCCCCCCAGCAUGCCACACAUCUGCCCGCAUCGCCACCACCUCCACACUGUGCAGGGCCUGGCUUCGCUCUCUGGCCCCUGCUGCUCCCGUUGUAGCCAGAAGAAGUGGCCCGAGGUGCUGCUGUCCCCUGAGGCCGCGGCUGCUGCUACCCCCACUCCCAGACUCCUGCCCAACCCGUCCAGGGCUCCUAAGGCGGGGACCAAGGCAGGACGGCAGGGCGAGAUCACCAUCUUGUCUGUGGGAAGGUUCCGAGUGGCCCGAAUUCCGGAGCAACGGUCAAGUUCAGCAGCCUCUGAGGUGAAGACUAUCACAGAGGCUGGGCCCUCAGGGGGUGACCUCCCUGAUUCCCCACAACCUGGCCUCCCCACUGAGCAGCGGGCACUGCUGGGAAGUGGUGGAAGCCAUACUAAGUGGCUGAAGCCCCCAGCAGAGAACAAAACUGAGGAGAACCGCUAUGUGGUCCGGCUAAGUGAGAGCAACCUGGUUAUCUGAUGGUCUGCCUCAUCUGAGGACACUGCAGCCUUGCCCUGGGAGGUUCCGAAGGCUUCCUGGAGGAGGCAGAGCUGCAGCUGGGCCUGUGAGGAUCAAGAAGCAAUGGUCCAGCAGACAGAACAGCAAAGGCCAAGGCCUGGAGGUGGGAGUGUCCUCCCCGUGCAGAGGCGGGCCCGCUGGCGGGUGCUGUGUGCAGGAGCAGGUGGAGAGCCGCCCCCCAUCCCUGCCACCCAGUUCCUCCCCCGCCCGUGUCCUGCCCUGGCCAGGUCCUAGGACCCUGCGGGAUCCUCUAGCACCAGGUGGCUAGGCCUUGGCAGAGGGGCCCUCUGCCUGGCACCCCGGGCCCCAGGCCUUGGUAAUCUGCCCCUGCCUCUGUUCAGGGCCCUAGCGUGGACCUCUCCCUCCUCUUCCAGCGGGCUCUGUGAAGGGAAGAGGCAACAAAAAGCCAUGGGCCGGAGACUGAUUUCCCUGGUUUUAACCGUGGGCAAGUCCCUGGCCAUCACCUGGUUACAGUUCUUGACUGUGAAGCGGGGAGAGAAAGGUGUCUUGGGGCCCAGGGCUUCUUGGGUUCCUUGCAGGCUCUGGCCUGAGUCGUGUGCGGGGAGAGCUUGACUCCUUGCCACCCCUCCCACUAGUAGCUUUAUGGCCCCAUUUUUGCGGCUUCCAGGGCCUGUGCCUUCAGGCCCCCAUGGGGCUGCCCAUCCCUGGCUCUGCCUACAGAAGGGGCUUAAUGCAUGUGUCUGCCCCCCACUCCGCUAUUUUUAUUGAAAUUGGAACCCCAGUCUUGACCUGUGCGGGGCUGUGAUACAGGGUGCCAGCCUGCAUAGCCACCCCAGAAUCUCAGGAGCGUUCAGGGAGAGGGGUGUGUGGGGCUGGAGAGGCACCUCUGGCCUCAGUGGUUUGUGUGUCCCUGUCGUGUCGGUGUCCGUCCCCCCGCUGGCCAGUGCGGGCGACUGCCCAGCCCAGCUUCUAUGUCCACUCUAGCCCAGUGACCUGGUUAUUUAUGUGGGGCCGUGCAGGCAUGGGCCCCACUGCCAUCCCCAUUUCUCUUAUUUAUUGAAAAUUUGCUGUUGUCCUGUCCUCGUCUACACUCCCAUCCAUUUAUUGGAUAAUAAAAGAUGGGAAACUGG